UGUAUGGUUGCCGCUGUUAUAAUUCACUUCAUCUAAAAAAAUAAAUAAACAUUUGAUUUCACUUAAUUACAUUCCAUUUCACAUAAUAAGUAUAGUCUUGGCCUUCCAAAUGCUUUAGCGGUAUAGACUUCUUUCCGUGUGCCUAUCCAAGGAAUGAAAAACUUAUCCUUUCUCCAGUUGAGCUGUGGAAAGUGGAAAUGACAUAUAAAGAAAACAAAAUUUCAAUGUUUUCAUGAGACCGAUUUUGCGCUAAUAAACUCUGAUUCUUUGAUAAAUAUCAAUCAUGAAAUGUCGAUUGACGAAAUUAUAGGAAAAACUACAUUCUUGUAAUUUUGUAUAUUAAAAUUAGUCAUUCAAAGUUAAAAAUCCAGUAAUACCUAACCACAAUGUCGAUGAUAACUGGCACUCUUAAUCAAUACAUACAAUGUGUGGAACGUAUGUACAGAACGGGACAAGGUAACAUAUUGUCUAGACUGUUGUCUCUAAGAGAUGAACAUGUCUACAAUAGGAAUCUAUUAUCUAGCGAUAUUGCAACCCUUGUCACAGGAAAUUGUGUUGCUCCAUUAGAUGAACUUGUAAUUGCACACUUAUCAUGUCUUAAGGCAUUAUAUGCAAGUGAUUACAUUGAGGCAUACGAUCAUCAGAGUAUAUGUGUGGCCUCUGUCGUAAAGCUAUUACAGGGACAGAAAGAAGAGAACUGGUGCCUUCCGGUUAUGUAUGCUGCAUGUUUAGAUCUUAGACUUGUUGCACAGAAAGCAGAGGCAUCUAGCCCUCAAAAUGGCAGUAAAAUUAUGGAAAAAGCAGCAGAGAGCUUAUUAGCUUGCUUCAGAGUCUGUGCUGCUGACAACAGAGCUUCAGAUGUGGAUACCAAAAAGAUAGGCAUGUUGUGUCUUGUAAACCAACUUCUUAAAGUAUAUUUCAGGAUAAACAAGCUCCACCUUUGCAAACCAUUGAUUAGAGCCAUUGAUUCUUCACCAUUCAAAGAUCAAUUCCCACUGGCCCAACAAAUUACAUACAGAUAUUUUGUGGGUCGUAAAGCCAUGUUUGACUCAGACUAUCGUCUAGCUGAUGAAUACUUAUCGUUUGCUUUUGAAAAUUGUCACAGAAGAAGCAUACGAAAUAAAAGGCUCAUUCUAACUUAUUUAGUUCCUGUGAAAAUGCUGUUGGGUUUCAUGCCCGCAAAAUAUUUACUAGAGAAAUAUGAUUUGCUACAAUUCUGGGAUCUAAUAUCAGCUGUGAAAAAUGGAGAUUUGCGUGGUAUCGAUAUGGUUAUGGAGGAACAUGAAAAGUUCUUCAUAACGGCUGGUAUUUAUUUGAUUGUAGAAAAAUUAAAGAUUACAGCAUACAGAAAUUUGUUUAGGAAAGUAUAUUUAGCGGAGAAUUCACAUCAGAUAGACAUAGCCAGCUUCGAGGCAGCAUUACAAAUCAUGGGACAGGAAGAUGUUGAUUCAGAUGAAACUCAAUGUAUUGUUGCAAAUCUCAUAUAUGAUGGAAAAAUCAAAGGAUACAUCUCAUACCAACACAAGAAAGUGGUUGUCAGUAAACAAAAUGCUUUUCCUCCAUUAUCUAGUCUGUAUUAAAUUUAUACCAUUUAAAUAAUACCUAGGGGAAUACACACUUAAUUUUUUGAUUGUUUUAAUAAAAAUUAAGAUUCCAUUAGCAUAAAGGCUGAUUAAGUGAAAUGUGAUGAUGAGCAAUUGUAUAUCUGACGCAAUUUCACUAUUUAAAUACUUUCUUUUUGAUUACAUAUAAUAUCCAUAAAAAUACACAAAACAGUUCAGUAGUCCAGUUUUUUUAUUUUAGUAGCACUAAUGUGUUUAGGGUUGUCAUUAAAUAAAAUAGAAACUCACAACGGUAGGGGUGUCUUUACACCAAAAUAUGUCAUUAAUAAAACAAAAUAUUAUACAUAUAAUACAUAACAUGAGUCCAAACCUUGUCAGUGAAUAUGGUUAAGCACUAUAACAAUAAUAUCUAUUAAUUGAGUGUAAUUAAUGUGGAUUUUAAUAAAAGAUGAUGAUGAUGAGAGAUUAAUGACAUGAUGUGUAAUUGUUUUGAAUCCUGCUUGAUCUGUAUUAAGUUUAAAAUUUAAAUAAACGUCUAGGGAUUACAGAUAAAUAAUAAUUUUGAAUUCGAUAUUUCGCGUCGUUCGGAAUCUCUAUUUAUGAAAAUACUAUUUGUCCCUGUUUUGUAUCGUAUGUUGCAAAUAUAUUCCAUUACCAAAGUGA